GCCCUCUUUGUUAGUUGUUGAAAGUGAAUAUGGAAUAACAUAUGAGAAAUCAUGACAUUGCUGAAAUGAACCUGUACUUUUCAACUUAUUCCCACUCAGGUUUUAGUUCAGCACUCUUUAGCUAGUAAUCAAAACUAAAUUAUUUAUCUUUCAGUUCAAAAUAAGAGACCCUACAUAAUCCCGUUCUGUACUCCCGUUCCUAACAAAGAGUCCUUUUUUGUAAAGAGGAAUAUAAUUUGCGACACACAUGUGGCCGCCACACGCAUACACAUUAUAGUUAUGCCUUGUUAUGAUAAAAAAUGUUUAUUGUCCUCUCUCUUUUUUCUUAUAAUAAAUAAUUAAAAAUUGUACAUUAGUGAAAUUUAACUUUUUUUGGAAGCGGUGAGGAGGUAGUAGUACUUGUUAAUUGGGAGAGAGAAAACAGGAGCGGGGCAGAUUGACAUGGUACAGUUUAUAUAUAUAUAUAUAUAUAUAUAUAUAUAUAUAUAUAUGAUAUAUCCAGGUGAGAGCUAUAAUUGUGGAGAAACAAUAGAUGCAUCCAAGUUUGCAGAAGAUCCUGCUUUGCCACCAAGAACACAAAAGAUCACCUCAUUUGUUGAUGAUGAGCAGAAGUCCUCGAGUAUGAAAGCUGCCAUUCCUACUCAAGCAUACCGCUGCAAGAAAUGUAGGAGGAUAGUUGCACUGCAAGACAAUGUUGUUGAUCAUGUUCCUGGAGAGGGUGAAUCGGCUUUUGCAUGGUCUAAAAGGAGAAAUGGCUUUCCUUUUGACAAAGGAGACGACAAUGAGUGUUCAUCCCUCUUUAUUGAGCCUCUUCAGUGGAUGACAACAGUUGGAGAGGGUGCUCUGGAAGGAAAGCUCUCCUGCAUCCAUUGCAAGGCUCGACUUGGCUACUUCAAUUGGUCAGGCAUUCAGUGCAAUUGCGGAAGUUGGAUCACCCCUGCCUUUCAGCUCCACAAAAGCCGGGUGGACCUCAGCACUUUGUGAAAUUUCAUCACAUGUGAGAUAGGCAUCGCCCUGCUGCAGAGAUGUAAUUGGGCUACCAAGAGAGCCGAAAGGAGGAAGGUUACAUUGCCUCUGGACAUAUUGGUCAUCCCCAAAACCUUCUGUUCCUUUUCAGAAUUCACUCCGAUAAUAAUCUGAGACUUUUCUUGGUUGAUAUAUAAUCUUGUUGUUUGGUAGAAUUAACAGGAUCCUGACUAUAGAGUUCUCAUCACUCCUCAGACUACAACCAAUUCAUCAGCAAAACAAAAGUUAAUAAGUUUUAACUCUUUGCACAUGAGAUGUUGUUCUGAAUCUACCAUCAUGCGCAUAAAGCUUGUACAUAUCU